CGAUCCCAACUUUUGGGAUCAGCAGUAUAUAAAGAACUCGUUGAGCCUACGAUUCUGUGUAUAACAUAUCAGGACACCUGUCAUUCAACAGAUUAAUUGCUGUACAUAUAUACAUAAAGCGUGUCUUUGAAUUGUUUCAAAGAUGGAAAGCACAAUGACCGAAGUUGAGUAUGAUGAAGGAGAGGAACAACUUUCCUUCAGUGAUAUUGAGGAAUUAACGGCUCAGGGCAUUGGUAUGACAGACAUUAUCCGUCUGAAACAAGCAGGCAUCUGUACUGUCCAAGGUGUACAGAUGUCGACAAAGCGAUUUCUCUUAAAGAUUAAAGGCUUCAGUGAAGCUAAAGUUGAUAAGCUAAAAGAAGCCGCCAGCAAGCUUUGUCCUGCAAACUUUGCAACAGCAAUGGAGAUCAGUCAAAGCAGGAAACGCGUGUGGAGCAUUUCAACCGGUUCAAAAGCAUUCGACGCCAUGCUAGGAGGUGGUGUUCAAUCGAUGAGCAUCACCGAAGUAUUUGGUGAAUUUCGAUGCGGUAAAACGCAAAUGAGUCAUACACUUUGUGUUACGGCACAACUGCCAAGAGAGAUGGGCGGUGCCGAAGGAAAGGUGGCCUUUAUUGACACAGAAGGCACAUUUCGACCUGAUCGUAUCCGCGCAAUUGCAGAACGAUUUGGUGUGGAUGCUGACCAAGCAAUGGAAAAUAUAAUUGUAAGUCGGGCUUACAAUUCAGAACAACAAAUGGACUACAUCACAAAACUUGCAACUAUUUUUGCCGAAGACGGCAGAUACAGACUGCUCAUUGUUGACUCCAUUAUGGCACUCUUUCGAGUCGAUUUCUCAGGACGAGGAGAAUUGUCAGAGCGGCAACAAAAGCUCAAUAUCAUGCUAGCGCGAUUGAAUCAUAUUUCCGAAGAGUUCAAUGUUGCUGUCUUCGUAACCAAUCAAGUCCAAGCGGACCCCGGUGCUGCAUUGAUGUUUGCGUCCAACGACCGUAAACCCGUCGGUGGUCAUGUUAUGGCACAUGCCAGUGCGACACGAAUCCUACUAAGAAAAGGUCGAGGGGAAGAACGUGUCGCCAAAUUAAACGACUCGCCCGACAUGCCAGAAGCCGAAUGCAGUUAUGUGAUCACUUCUGGCGGAAUUGCCGAUGCUAGCUAAGUCGCGCAUAAAAAAAAAAGCACAUAUGUUGGAUACUACGAGAAGUUCAAGCCCACGGUUUUUGUGCUUCCACUUGUCGGCACCCCCCACAUAUACAGCUGCUGCAUUGAAUAUUUUGUGUUAUCUUUCGGCCACAUAAUUGCCAUCUAAGGAAAAACUAAAUAGGAAAUCUUUUGUUAGGCAGUCUCAGAAAAGAAUGAUCACGGGCUCGUUAACACUACACGGACUCGGUGCCAGGGUUCAGAACGAUCCAUGUGCAAAAGAUGCUUCGCUACCAAUGAUUACUUGUCGGCUUGAGUGUAUCGCAGGGCGCAUCAUCAUCCGCCCGACAGCCCCGUCUGUAGCGGACCAGAUGUCCUCUGGUGCUUCGAAAAGCACGAGGGGCUUUACUUACACCACCUGGGGUAUAGCGCGGUACUUCGUGGCUGCGCUAGCAUCCAAAAGAACAGUCCCGGCAGCACACUCUCACACUUGUAAAGUGCCAACCACACACUCUCAGUAUACAAC